AUGCCUACCUUUACAACAACAACUAUUAUGUCAUCUCAGAACAACAACCUUAAUCUCCACCAAUUCAAAAUUAAUCCAACGACGCAAUCAAACAUAGUAACAAUUAACGUCGGUGGGCAAAUUUUCCAAACAACAGAAGAAACCCUAACUCUAGCAGGUCCAAAAUCCCUCUUUUCCCAACUCUCUGAGUUGAGUCAACUCGGUCCCCAUUUCAUUGACCGAGACCCGGAGUUAUUCUCUAUCCUCUUAUCCCUCCUAAGAACUGGAAGUCUCCCUUCAAAGGCCAAAUCUUUUGAUCUCCAAGACUUGAUUGAAGAGUCAAAGUUUUACAAGAUUGAAUCUUUAUUAGUCAAUUCUCUGUCAAACCCAUCUCAAUUUGAUUCUUUUAACCUCGAAAAAACCCUAAUUUUACCCUUGAAUAGCCGGGACACAGCGUCAGCUGUUGCUACGACACCGUUUGGUAUCUUGCAUGUGUCUCAUGGUAGUAAGAUCACAUCUUUUGAUUGGUCAUUGCAGAACAAGUCAACAACUUUGACCCAAUUCACUGCAAUUGAUUCGAUGUUAGCGAUUUCCCCAAAUUUGGUUGCUGUUGGGGCUACUGACUUCUCGGGGUUGCAAAUUUUGGAUCUACAGAAAAAGGGUUUUGUUUUGGAGACGUUGAAUUGGGAAAAUGUGACUAAAUCAGGGUCAACAGUACAAGCAAUCGGGUCAUCUAAUGAUUUGUUGUUUACGAGUUUCGAAUCGAACUUUUUUCCGGUUACUGAGAUUGGUCAUUAUGAAAUAUUUGGUGCUGAUUUGGAUUCUGCUAUACCGGCCACGAAAUUGAAGUGGGUAGAGAGUUAUAAUGUGGUAAUGGCAUCAGGGUCUCAUAGUGGACCGUCAGGUGUGUUAGGGAAUGUAAAGUUUUGGGAUGUGAGGAGUGGAAAUGUGGUUUGGGAAUUUAAGGAAAAAGUUGAUUGCUUCUCAGAUAUUACGGUUUCAGAUAAUUUGUCAUCGAUAUUUAAAGUUGGGGUGAAUUCUGGGGAGGUGUUUUAUGCAGAUUUGAGGAAGUUAGGGAGUGAGGGGAAUGAUUCGUGGGUUUGUUUAGGUGAUAAGAGGAAGGUGGGUAAUGUGAAGAAAGAAGGUGUUGGGUGUAAGAUUGAGGCGCAUGGGAAUCAAGUAUUCUGUAGUAAAGGUGGUAAUAUCGAACUUUGGUCUGAGGUGGUGAUGGAUUCGUCAAGGAAGAGAGAAGAAGGAUUGCCGGAAAGGGUGUUUAGGAAGAAUUGGAUGGGGAGAGUAAAGGACAUGGAAGGGUCAAGGGUAACUAAUUUGGCUUUUGGAGGGAACAAAAUGUUCGUGACACGGAAGGAUAGGCAGUCUGUUGAGGUUUGGCAAAGUUCUGGUAGGGGUUUUUGA